UUCAGCACUAGUUUUGGAGUAACCAAAUAUUUUCGCUAUAGUUUUUUUUUAAUAAUUUCGUGUGUGAAAAAGGAAUAUUAUUGAUUUUUUAUUGCAUUUAAUGCAUCUGAAGACUGGGACAAACCACAGUCCCCAUAAAACGUGCAUGCCCCCCGUAGCAAGACGAAAAGUCGUGGAAAAGUUUUGUUUACCUUUUUUCGAUAUCUAUCCCAGAGUUCUGCUCCUACACCUGUGUUGGUGUGAACGCGUGCGACUGUGUGUGCGUGCGAGUGUUGUGUGUGCAAAAAUGCAACCGAAAAUCGAAUAGAUGUUCCGCAGCAAGGUUUUUGUUAAUUCUGAAAUUGUGAAAAAGCCAGGCACAUGGAAAAUGUGCCCGAUGCCAGCUGCAGCGCCUCUUCCUUGAAACUCCAGCGGCAGCAAACGCAAAUCAAAGCCAAAAAUGUCCUAAUCAGAUCCCAGAGCAGUGGCAAGCUAAGCAGAAAUGAGGCUGGAACCACAACAACAACAACAACAACAACAACAACAACAACAUCAUCAACAAGCACAAGAGCCACAGCGAGGACUCUCAAGAUCGGGGCCAUGCAACAAAAGCAGCUACAGCCACCAAAUGGAGUCAACACCAGCAACAUUAUCCUUCUGCGGGGCACGCGCAACGAGAACGGCCAGAUCAUUAUCCAGAACAAGCAGGACAUUCUCACCCUUCUCAACGAGCAGCAGCAGCAGCAGCAGCAGGACAAGGCCGCCCAGGCGUCCACAGCCAUUACGCUCAAUCAACUGCCAACGACCACGACAGUGGCUCGCAAGACGAUUGUCCAGAGCUCGGGCAGCACCACCAGCACCAGCUCCACCAUAUCCAUUGUGGCCAGCAGCAGCAGCAGCACCAGCAGCGGUGGUGGUGUCGGCAAGGAGACCGUCAGCAACACGAUCCUGCUGCAGACGCCCAUCAAUGCCAGUCAGCUGGAGAGCGUGCUGAAGGCGCAGGAGCGAACGAAACAGGCGAACGGCAGCCAGACCAAGCUCAUAGAGAGGCCCUUCCUGCUGAAGCAUGCCUCGCGAAGCCUCAGCUCGGAGAGCAAUGGGGAUGGGAAAUCACCGUUCGUGCUGCAGACGCUCAAGCGACUGGAGAAGUCACAAUCCAUUUUGGUCAUACGCAACUCCACAUCGGGCAGCACUUCCUCCAUGACCGUUUCGCCGCCUGUGAACGUAUCGGCGACUACCACUUCGGCGAAUGUUUUGAGCGUGACACGCACUUCAAAGGCGGCCAAGGGCAUGGCUGGAGCGCUGCACAAGCUCAAGGCGGCAGCGACAGCAGCAGCAGCAUCGAGAGUAGGAGCAGGAGCAGGAGCAGGCACGGUAGCAGCACCAUCAACCUCAUCGACAGGCACAACCAUACUGAGGCUAGGCAAAAGCGCCACCACAUUGGCCAUUAAUGGCAAUGGGGGCAGCAAGCUGGAGGCAGCAACAACCACAACGUCAACAGCAAAUAAAUUGUCCAACACGGUGACAUCGGAGCAGCAGCAGCAGCAGCAGCAGCAGCAGCAACAAUCGACAACAGCGCAAACGAAUGUGCCACUUGGGAACGAUGGCGAACCUAUCAAGCUACCCGACAAUUUGGAGAGCCUGCCAAGAGCUGACAGUUUUCCAUCACAGCGUCAUCGCUGGAAUACAAAUGAGGAAAUUGCUGCGAUUCUUAUCAGCUUUGACAAGCACUGCGAGUGGCAGUCCAAAGAGGUUCGCACCAGACCCAAGAGCGGCUCCCUGCUGCUGUACUCGCGGAAGAAAGUGCGCUACCGCCGCGAUGGCUACUGCUGGAAGAAGCGCAAGGAUGGCAAGACAACGCGCGAGGAUCACAUGAAACUAAAAGUACAAGGCACGGAGUGCAUCUACGGCUGUUAUGUACACUCGGCCAUAUUGCCCACAUUUCAUCGCAGAUGUUACUGGCUGCUGCAGAAUCCGGACAUUGUUUUGGUGCACUAUCUGAAUGUGCCGUAUCCGGAUGAUAAUAAAAUGGCAGUGAUUGCCCCCAGCAUCACGCUGUGGGGCGACAAGAAGGAGUGGACCAAGGAGGAGCUGGUCAGCCAGCUGAAGCCCAUGCUCUCCACAGUCAACUCCGAUGAUGACUCCGACUCGGGCAACGACAUUGAGAUAUCGACGGCCGAGACUGUGGAGUCGAUUGUGUGCCAACUGAUGGAGAAGCAGCGCUUGUCCCGCCAGGCGGCCCUGGUCAAGCAGCUGGACUGUGGCUGCGGGGAUUCCGGCUGUGCCGAUGGCAAGACCUGCACGCAUCCCGUGAUGCGGCGCACGGGCGGCAUCAUCAAGUCCGUGGCGGCCACAUCGGCCUCCGAGAAGCGCCUCAAUGAGGGAGCCUUCAGCAAUGGCACGCCCAACGUGGUGGUGGCCAGCAAGCUUUACUCUCGCUGGGCGGAGCGGCCGCGACAGCGAAACGAUGGCAUGCACCUAGACAAUCCGCACGCGCAGUUCCACAAUGCCACGCAACAGCUGCCCCAGGAGUCGGCCAUCAAGUUUCAGAUCAUUCCUCCUCAACAGCAACAGCAGCAGCAGCAGCCCCAGCAGACGGGACAUGGCGAUGGCAGCUAUCAGCAGCAAUAUCGUGGCAACCAGAUGCUGGCCGCAAGAAGCAAUCUGGCGAUGCAGCAGCAGCAGCAGCAGCAGCAAUAUCACCAACAGCAGCAGCAGCAGCAACAGCAACACUUGAGUCUGCAACGAUUCGUGGCCAGUCAGAGUCAGAAUUCGGCUCAUUUGAAUCAGCAUCAUCAUCGCCUGCAAAUUGCCAAUACAACAAUCACGGCCACCGCCAGGGACCCCAGCACAACAGUAGUGGCAGCAGCAGCAGCAGAAGGAGGAGGCAGCAGCAGCUCUGUCUUGAAUGGCAUGGAUACGGAACUAAUUGAAAUCCAAAGCCACAUGACUGCAAACAAAAUCAGUAACUCUGUCAGCAGCAAUGGCAACGCCAAUGGCAAUGGCAGUGCCAAGCAAUUAGCAACUCAAACGAACAACGAAUUAAAUGUCGUAAAUAAUAACGACCCCAGCAACAAUAACUUCAUGUACAAUCAACAGCAGCAACUGAAUACUUCCAGCAACAGCAACAACAGCCAGCAGCAGCAGCAGCAGCAACAUUAUUAUAAAUUGCAACAGACAUCAUCAGCAACCCCAAACAGUGGCCAACAACUUCAAACUCAAACUCAAACCCAAACACAAACACCGACCCCAACCUUAGUCCAUCCCCCUGUUGAGGCCAUGUGCAUGUCACCUGAGCAUCGUCUCAGCAGCAGCAGCAGUGGCAGCAGCAGCAACAGCAACAACAACAACAACAACAAUAGCACGGCUUCAACGUCUUCCACUGUCAAUGGCCACAGCACCCCCUCCACAGUUGUAGCCACAACGACAUCUAUAUCUGUAUCCACAUCUUCGUCCGGCACAUCGUCCACCUCGAGCUCCUUACAAUCGAUUAUCGAUGGCAAUCAGCAGCAACAAAUUACAACGACAGCGACGGCAGCAACUUGUGAUAAUUUAAUGAGCGCCAAUGCGCUCACUGAGCUGAGUGGAGGGAGCAGCAGCAGCAGCAACAGCAACGGCAACGGCAACAAUCAGGCCACAGAUGGUCCUAACAAGAGUCAAUCCCAAUCGCAGUCUCAGCCUCAAGCUCUGAGCCAAAAUGGUUGUGCAAAUUUCAGUGCUUCCAGUGAUAACAGCAGCCAAAUUAGCGCCAGCGACGAGAGCAGUAGCUUUGGGGCCAACAAUCAAAACAAUAGCCACAGCAGCCACAGCCACAGCAGCAGCAGCAGCAACAGCAACAGCAGCGAGGACGAGCCCCAGUCGAGCAAUGCGGCCGAAACCCUGAGCUUCUUCAACGAAACCCUGGAUCUAUCCCAUGAGGAUAUUCAACGUACACUUAUAGCCAAUAUGCAGCCGUACAAUACGGCAGCAGGAGAAGCAGCCGCGACAACGAUAGAACCUUUAGCAACAAGCAACAGUAGCAACAGCAACGGCCAUUCCCAAGAAGUCGAGAAGAAACCUUUGCACGGCCAUGAAGUCGAAGCGGAAGCUGAGGAGGAUGAAACAGACGAUGUUUUUGCCAAUCUGGAUGCCUUCGAUAUGCUCGUGGAGUUCCCCGAGCUGGAUCUGGACGAUAAGCAGGCUCUGAACAACACGGCCCUGGAGCAGGGCUCCUAUCUGGGGCAGGCGGCCGCUCAGGCCCAGCAGCCCCGGAAGAUCCACAACAUCUGCGACUUCAGUCCGGAGUGGUCCUACACCGAGGGGGGAGUCAAGGUGCUAGUGGCAGGACCCUGGACGAGCAGCAAUAAUGCUGGCGCCUACACGGUGCUCUUCGAUGCACAGCCCGUGCCCACGCAGAUGGUGCAGGAGGGAGUGCUCCGCUGCUACUGUCCUGCCCAUGAGGCGGGCUUUGUGACGCUCCAGGUGGCCUGCGGCGGCUUUCUUGUUUCCAACUCGGUCAUGUUCGAGUACAAGCUGUCGCUGCUCGCCGAUGCCCCCUUCGAUGCGAGUAGCUCCAACGAUUGCCUGUACAAGUUCACGCUGCUCAAUCGCCUCUCGACCAUCGAUGACAAGUUGCAGCUGAAGACGGAGCAGGAGCCGACGACGGACCACACGGCGCUCUAUCUGGAGCCAAACUUUGAGGAGAAGCUGGUCGCGUAUUGCCACAAGCUGACGAAGCAUGCCUGGAGCAUGCCAAGCACAGUGGCAAGCUGGAGCGUGGGCCUGCGGGGCAUGACGCUGCUGCACUUGGCCGCCGCCUUGGGCUACGCCAAGCUGGUGGGCGCCAUGCUCAAUUGGCGAGCGGAGAAUCCACAUAUCAUACUAGAAACGGAGCUGGACGCCCUCAGCCAGGAUGUCUACGGCUUCACGCCGCUCGCCUGGUCCUGUGUGCGUGGCCAUGUGGAGUGCUCCCUGCUGCUCUACAAGUGGAAUCACAAUGCGCUGAAGAUCAAGACGCAGGGCCAGCAAACACCACUGGAUCUGGCCAACCUUAAGGGCCACAAACAUCUGCUGGCCCAGAUGUUUCGACUGGAGAAGGAGCGCUGCCGCAAGCCGCACUUGCGCGGCGGUCUGGCCAAUCUCUCCAUGAACAUUGCCGUGGAAACGGAUUCCGAGGAGCCGCAGCAGCAUCAGACGAUGUACAACAGCUUCGACUUGGAGAUCCUCCAAAGAAAACACGAUGGCGUCUUCCUCAGACCUGGGGCAGUGCACAGCAAUCAAAGUCCACCCAACAAUGGCAGCAGAUACUCCAAGCGCUCUUCCAUAGACAGCGGCAUCAACAUGGACAUACGCAGCAAGUCGGGCAAGUCCCUUCCCAGGCUGCACAGCAACUUUGAGGGCCAUGACAACUAUGCACUGGGCGUGGACUCGCCGCUGGAUACGCUGACUGGGACCAAUUCCCUGCUCUCGCCGCUGCGCAAAAUGGAUUUUGCCCUGUGCGAGGUAUCCACGGGCGAGUCGAGCCCCAUACACGACAAAGACAUCGAUGGCGAUGACACCUCGACGAGCGCCACAGAUGUGACCAUAGGCAAUGACAUGGCAAUGGCCCUGGCCGAUGCAGUUGUAGGGGACUCGGAUGCCAAAGUGCUGACACUGGCCGAACACAUUAUAGCCGCAAUGCCCGAGCGCAUCAAAAAUGAAGCCGAUGAAAUGAUGGUGCUGGGCAGCCCCUUGACUGAGCCAUUGACCUCAGAGUCGUCGGCGUUGACAGACAGCUUCAUGGAUCCCCUGUUGGACUCGCUGCCUAAUACGCAUUUCGACAGUGACUUCAGCUUUGACUUUCACGACCACAGCUAUCGGUACCACGAUGUGAGCACGCCAUGCUCCAGCCUGAGUCCCGCCAGCUCGGGGCCGCUGCAGUCGCCGGCCAGUUACUCCAUACUGGGCACAGAUCCGUCUGUCAGCUCGCCCAGUCCACCGCCGUCGACCAAGCAGCUGACCGAGUUCCUGCACGCCUCCAGUCUGUCCCAGUAUCCGUUCGAGGCGGACUUCUCCAAGCUGACGCUGACCGACACGGAGCAGCGGGAGCUGUACGAGGCAGCCAAGUGCAUACAGAAGGCCUACCGCUCGUACAAGGGCCGACAGAAGCUCGAGGAGCAGAACAAAGAGCGCACUGCCGCCAUCGUCAUCCAGAACUAUUAUCGACGCUACAAGCAGUACGCCUACUACAGGCAGAUGACCAAUGCCGCUCUGGUCAUCCAGCAUGGCUAUCGUUCCUAUCGAAAGAACAAACGCUUUAAGAAGAGCGGCCUGGGCCAGGGCAUGGCAGGGGGCAGCGAUCAUGGCAGCGUCAGCAGCAAUUCACAGUGCCUGUCCAGCUUCUACGAUCACUACAAGCAGGAUCAGCAGCAGCAGCAUGAGAUGAGCUCGCAGCCGAGCACGCCCAAGGAAACAAGUCCCUCGGGCCCCUUGAAACGAACCUACUCGCAGUCCACCCAGAAUCAAGCUGCCAGGAAGAUCCAACAGUUCAUGAGACAAUCACGCAUCAACAUUUGGGAUGCCAAUUUGACGACUUUGACUACAGAGAGAGCGAGCCGAAAAAGAGAAGCUGGUGCACCAACGCAGGGCGGAAUACCUUCAAAACUUGCAGUAUCAAGGGCAGCAGGAAAUCUUGGCUUGCCUAGAAAAUAACAGUUCCGCCCAGAGCAGUGGGCAGAGCACCUAUACGAACAGCAUCAACAAUCUACAAUCCAAUCAGUGAGGGUAAACUGAGUGAACUUUUAACAUAGGAGCGAACACAACGUUCCAUAAGAAUUUAUGAAUAGCUUUAACAACUGAGUGAAACGUUUCUACUUUCGUAUUUGUUUCGAUUAAGACUACAAUCCCGAGCACCUCCGUAGCGGAACAUUUGCUUCCAACUCAACUUAAAUUAACUCUCUCUCUCUCUCUCUAUCUAUCACUGAAUUAGUAGCAAGAACUAACUGCACUUUGAUUCAUUUUCGAAACGAAUUUUAAUACCUAAAAACUGAACACUGAUUUCAAAAUGAACUUAGCCUAGGUUAGUGAGUGGUUUUUACAUGCAUAUAUAUAAAACUUAAACUAAUUAACUUAACUGAAAAUCGAACCGAACUCCAGGGAGAAUGAUGAGAACACACAAUUUUUCCAUUUGUCAACUCGAAAGAACUUAUUACUGAAGCCUUUGAAAAACUUUUUAACUCCAAUUGUAGCGGAAAUCGUACUCCACGAUAUAUACAUACAUAUAUACAAUACAUGCAUCCAUAUGGUAUAUUAUAUUAUAUACAAAGAAUCUAAAUGAAUAUUACUAUUAGCAUGUGUAUGCCCCCCUACCCUAUAUACAUAGUUACAUUUGUACAUACAUACUAACUAAAUUCUAGUCUAUUUUAUCGUACUAACAAGCAAGCUCUGCAAUACGACUAUGCUUGUCUCUAAACAUAAAGCUAAAGCUAAAGCUAAACCAAAACCAAACCCCAAUCCAGAUGCAAUAAUCAUCGACUAAGCUACGUUAGAUGGCUAGUUAACUAGUCGCUACGCUAACUGCUAUUUAGGUCUAAGACUAUUUAUGGACUGGACUGCACUCUAAAGUCCCGAAUGUUGUUGCUGAUUUCUAAAAUCAGAGUAGAGUUUGGAGUGGCGCAGCAGCUGCAAGUCUACACGCAUACGGCCGCAUAUAUAUCAUGUUUCAAACAAAGCAAAAACUAAUCUUAUUUCCCUCACGCGAGUACUUAAAGCUAUGCAUGUGUGCUAAGUCUUAAUUUAUGUGACUACUUAUUGUAAGCCUAGUAAAUGAUAGAAUAGAGCAAACGUAGAGAUAUCCUUGUUAUGCUCCUUGGAUGAUAUGACUUGAGACCCCCAAAACGGGGCACUUUGGUAUGGUGAAAAUCUCAGUCUCAACUUUCUGCUGCCUCAACUGAUUGAUCCACGAUCUAUUAUUGCUUGAAGACACAGCCAAAAACAAACACCCAAAAACCAAAAGCAAGAGAGUAAAGUUUUAAAACUAAAUGUAACAAUAAAUGAAUUUUUGUAAAUUAUUUUUGUCCGUCCACAUUGUUAGCUUUCAUAACAUACCAAACAAAAGCAUAUAUACUUACAAAUAUACACCAAACAAAUAUAUACAUACCUUUAUAGAGAAGAGAACCGAUAAUGAUCUGAUAGGCAAGAAGCAAUGAAACAAUUUUUAAGAACCGUUCAAGUUUGAAUAAGUAGACAAAGCAAAGCAAACAAACAAUAAACACUAAUAUGUACAUACACCAAAUGGAGGAAAGUAAAGUAAAGGAAAGCAGAAGACCUCACAAAUAAAAGCCCCGACUUGUAACCAAAUAUUCAACUGAGAUUAUGACUGCGACUGCCACUGCGAAGUCUUGGAAGCUGCAGCUUCAGCUGUGGAGUGAUGUGAAGGCAUGGCAGUGGGCAGGGUCUACCUACCACAUUGUUAACUAUUCAACUACAAAACUAUUAUACUUAAUUCGCACUCUAACAACUACUCAACGGAACUUUGAUUGCAUUUUUCUCUUACUUAACUCUAUGUACGUAUACAUAGAUCUGAUCAACUCAACUGAUUCGAUAACUGAAAUGAAGACUAAAUACGAUUUCACAACUCAACUGACUUUAAGAAUUGCAAUCAAUUUUGUUAACUUGCUUAGGCAGUGUGUUAGACAUGUAAACAGCAACUAAAAACGAAAGUGAAAUCCAAAUCGAAAUCUAAUUAAAUGCAAUAUUUGCACAUAA